AUGACAAACUCGAUACGAUGCGAGAUAUGCCAUGACGACUUGAAGGAACUUACUGUACAGCUACGACAACUCCAUUACGAGCAACACUUUGAAGAAGGGGAGUUAUCUGGAAUCGCCGCUUCGCCCUCGCCAACUUCGCCCUCGACGUCAACCAGCACUUCGUCGAAGAUCGCCAAACCAAAGAGAUGGCUGGCUAAACCUAGAAAGUUCUUUAAAGAAAAUGACGUGUUUUGGUAUCCAUCCCAGGAAGGAAGGCCGCCUCCCAACUAUACACCUGGUAUCGACCCUCCCCCUCUAUUUCUGGUUCAGGUCUUUGAUACCGACGCGCCUAGGUCUCAUACCGCUUCUAAAGAGACUGUAUUCAUCCAGCACGAAGCCUGGGACAUGACCUGGGGGUGUGGAUAUCGUAACUUCUUGAUGGCCUGCGCAUGCUUGAUGGUUCACCCAUUUCAGCCGAUGUAUUUUCCUCUUCUCGACGACCCGGUACCACCGAGCGUACGGAACCUCCAAGGGUGGAUAGAAGAUGCAUGGGACAAGGGUUUCGAUACUGAAGGAAAGGCUCAACUUAAGCACUUGGUGGGCACGAGGAAAUGGAUAGGAACAGCGGAUUUAUGGGUUGCAUUCUCUUCCAGAGGCAUCCCUGCAGAAUUGGUCGAUUUUACGGAUGCUAGUAACGUCCAGAUGGUCAUCGAUUGGAUCGUGAAUUACUUCUCACCUCCAGAAUCCGCGGGCCAGGGAUCCAGGAAUGCAUUUCAGGCCCUGGUAUCCACUAACCCUGUCACGGUCACGGAUAAACCUCCGAUUAUUCUCCAGCAUGCCGGCCACUCUCGAUCCAUUGUCGGAUAUGAAGUUAAUCGACAGGGAGAGGUCAAUCUUCUGGCCUUUGAUAGCGGAACGUGUCUGCCUAAAGAAAUUCGCGAGAUGGCCUUAAGCCUCCAUAAGUCGGCUUCCGACGAUAAUGACAAGGAGAACAACAAACGAAAGAUGAAUCUGGAAGUCAGCUCACCGAAUCCAAAGAGACAGCGUUCUUGUAAGUUCGAGGAUGACGAAGUUGUGAUUGUGGGAUCUACAGUCCAAGGGGACGACGACGAAAUAAUCUACACUGGAUCCAACUCUCCUCUCAAGAAGGCAGAAGGAAGCAAGAGUGGACUUUCAGGUCCAUCCAAAAGCAAUACCCCCGGGGGAAAGACUUUCGAUUAUAAGGGUAUAGUUAGACAUUUCCGACUGGGCUCCAAGAAGCUUGGGAAAAACAAGCAAUAUCAAAUCCUGUACUUCCCAAUGACGGAACCACUUUCAGAUUCCGAAAUACGAAGUCGCAAGGUCGUCACGAGCACCAAAAUAUGUUGA